UCAGCUCUCCAGGACGCACUCACUCAACCCUCUCAAGCCACAAGCCGCUCCGGCGAAGCAGUGCGCACCUCACAACUCAUCCUCAACGAGUUGCAGGGCUACACUUGGAGCAGAAACGCAAGACAUCCAGCGGAGAGACAAGAUGUCGUCCUACGUGUCCUCAGAGUGCCGCCGCGUCAGCCCAUCUGUCCACGGCAACAAGUUUGACACGGCGCACCGCAAGAAGGCCGUGGCCAACAUCUUCGAGAAUGUCAACCAGGACGCGCUGAUGAGGCUCUUCCAGAAAACGGGCGACAUGAAGGCGGAGGAGAGAGUGAGGAGCAUCUUCUCCUACACCCAGGACCCGGAGGAGACGUCCCGGGCACUGAUGGCUCUGAAGCAGCGAAAGAAGGACAAGUUCCUCCAGAUCGCGGGCAUGGUCCGGCAGCUGCUCAAGAUACGCUGACUGUGUUGUACCAGUCUUUUACCGCCUGUGUCUAUCUGUCGGCUCGUGUGUGAGCUGAAUGUGAAAACACUCCCAAUGUGACUGGGUUACCGCCGCAGAUGCGGCUCACCUUUCGCCUGGAAAGGAGCGUCAGGUGCGGAGGAGAAUGUGCAGCGGACCGCCUGGAUGGCAACAUGCCGCAGCUGUCACCUCAUGGAUGGAGGUGGCAUCGCAGAGUCCUGCCUGGAGCAGAUGGAGAAUGAUGAACUGACUGGGGAUAUGAAGGGCAUACGUGUCUUUCCUGAGACUUGAAUUCAAUAAUGCAUUCCUGUGGAUGCCUGACUGUGAAGCAGCCCCCUGUACAGGUGCACAUCACUGUGCUGAUGGUGUGCACAGCUGCAAUAUGAGACUCUAUAGUGCCGAAGAACCUGCCUACAUGAAUGCCUGUCCUGAACACAUGCCUUGUCUCAGCUUCACUAAUGAAACUUCUCAUUGGUGGCCACUAAUGUGUUAUUGUCACUAAAUGCUAUAGCACAAUGGUUUGCAUUUGUGAUGUGUUCCUUUGAUAUUUUUUAAUAAAUUAUUUCAUUGUAUACAAAAGUUGAA